AUGGGGGAUUGGAACUUGCUAGGGAGCAUCCUCGAGGAAGUGCACAUCCACUCCACCAUCGUGGGAAAAAUCUGGCUCACUAUCCUUUUCAUAUUCCGGAUGCUGGUGCUGGGAGUGGCUGCUGAAGAUGUUUGGGAUGACGAGCAGUCUGAAUUCAUUUGUAACACCGAGCAACCUGGCUGCAGCAAUGUCUGUUAUGACAAAGCCUUCCCCAUCUCUCUGAUCAGAUACUGGGUGCUUCAGAUCAUCUUUGUCUCUUCCCCAUCCCUAGUGUACAUGGGACAUGCACUUUAUAGACUUAGGGCCCUUGAGAAAGAGAGGCAGAAGAAGAAAACCCAUCUGAGAGCCCAGCUGGAAGAGCUGGAGACGGUCCCAGAGGAGCACAAGAGACUGGAGAAGGAGCUGAGGAAGUUAGAAGAACAGAAGAAAGUGAACAAAGCACCCUUGAGAGGGUCCCUAUUGCGCACCUAUGUCCUGCAUAUCUUGACCCGCUCAGCUGUGGAAGUAGGCUUUAUGAUAGGUCAGUAUCUUUUAUAUGGGGUUCAGAUGUAUCCCCUUUACAAAUGCACUCGUCCUCCCUGCCCUAACACAGUGGAUUGUUUUGUGUCCAGACCCACAGAGAAGACCAUCUUUAUGAUUUUCAUGCAUAGCAUCGCAGCCGUCUCCCUGUUCCUGAACAUCCUAGAGAUCAUCCACCUGGGGAUAAAGAAGAUAAAGAAGACCCUGCAUGGGAGGCAGAGCAGAGACACCUUGAAGAAGAACUCGGUGGUGCAGCAAGUUUGCAUCAUGAGCAAUUCCUCCCCCCAGAGCAGCUAUAAAGUUUUGCCAAACCAGCAGGGUGGGCUGCCUGUUUACCUGCCCCCAGUACAAGGAUACAAAGUGCUCCAGGCACCGGCUGAUCAGUGCCAGCGGGCAGUAGGGAUGGAUGCUGAGCAGCGCCGGUGCAGCACAGACAGGCCUAGAAGCGAGCAGCACCAUGGACAGGUCUCUCGCCUCUACAAGCACCCGGAGCACCCCCAGGAGAGGGAGCAGCACUACAGACAGCUCACCAACCAGCACCUGGGACAGCCAUCCCGGCACCCUUCCUCCAGCAGUGAGGAGACCCACAAGCAGCCCCAGCAGGGCAUAAAGAGAUGCCCAGGGAGUGAACAGCACAUCCUGGAGCCACCCAGGAACCCCGUGCAGCAGGCCAAGACCCCCACUAGUUCCAGUCCGCUAGAGAUUCCCCAAGCCCUCCGCAAUGUACUCCGCAAACACAGCCGGGUAGGCAGCUGCAAAGACUAUGGGGACGAUCGUGGUGACUCUCCGGACAGCGGGCGCUAUCAGGGCAAUCGUAAGGCCAGCUUCCUGUCCAGGGUGCUGUCCGAGAGCCAGCCGGCCAGUGACUCGGAGAGCUCCAACUCCAGGAAUGGCUCCAGCUCUGAAGCCAAAUGCGGAGAGGAGAGCAGCCCACCCAUCACCCCACCACCCCCUUCUGCAAUGGGACGCAGAAUGUCCGUGUUCCAUUACCCUAUAGGGCCAGACCACCAAAAUGGUCCCUUCAUUCUGACAGGAGAGAAGUGCUACAGCCACAAAGUUGGGAGAGAAUAUUCAGUCCAUGACACAGAGCAUGCUCCUCGAACUAUCAUCUAUCAUGAAAAAAUAAUGCCAGUCUGGAGACGAGAAAUAAACCAUGGAAUCGAGUACAAACCAUUCCUCAGCAGGAAGAAAAAGAGCAGCCUCUCCGUUUAUUCUGAAGCUAAAAAGCAUGAUGCAGUUCAUGGAAGAAAGUCCUUGCUUAACACCCCGCCAAGUUUUAUGUCAGCACACGUAGCAACAUAG